GCAGAGUGAAAGGAUUUUGAACAUAUAAUGCAGUAUUCAUGGGACAGGAGUACUCUGUUGCCUCAUAAAAAGUAGCAGUACCACAGGGGAGAAAUACUCCGUUAGUCCUACACAGUACUCUCAGUGUGUAACACUAAACAGGGUGACGAGGGUUUCUGUUGGCCGAAAAUCCACAGGUGAUUUCCAUGAGUCCCCGACUUUGUCAAAGCUUCACCGGACGAAAGAGUAAAGUAAUCAGUUACUUGUUUGUGCUUAUUUUCUUUUUCAGUCUCCAGCGUGAUGAUCUGCUGCUUUUCUCCUUUUCUUAUCACUUUGACCUGAAUAUCUCUGCUGUUUUGACUGUUAGCGGGACAAAACAGGACACCUGAAGACGUCCUAACUGAAAACAUUCACCCAGUUACUUCUUUGACUUCUGGCCAGCUUUUUCAUAUCUGAUGGCGUGCGUCCAAGACAAACAGCAGGAGUGGGGUUAGACUUGGACGCGAUAAGGUAGCGAUCAGACAGGAACGAGCGGCUGACCGGACGGCUGAACUUCCUUCUGAAAAAACGCGGGGUCACUUCCUUAUUUGCUGCUCCUGUUAAAGGCUGUGGAUGAGCGCGCUGCACACUUCACUCUCCUCCUUCACUGUCUGCUGCCUCUUCCUCCUCCUGCCAUCACAUCAACACACUCCUGCUCACACACACACCUUCGCAGCAGCACUUUCCACCAUGGGGAACUUUGCCGCCAAUGAGGGUCUCUCCAUCUUCGUCAUUCUGGUGUGGCUGGGGAUCAACGCGUUCCUCUUCGUCCACUUCUACAUGCGCUUCCUGGUGGACAGGUGGUUUUACACCAGAGUCCUGCUCGGGCACGCUCUGUCCUGGGCCCGAGCUCCCGCCGCCUGCCUCAACUUCAACUGCAUGCUCAUCCUGCUGCCGGUGUGCCGAAACCUGCUGUCCUUCCUGCGUGGCUCCAUCCAGUGCUGCAGCCGCACAGCAGCUCGUCAGCUCGACCGAAACCUCACUUUCCACAAGCUGGUGGCCUACAUGAUCGCCUUCCACACAGCCGUGCACAUCAUUGCACACUUGUUCAACUUUGAGUUUUUCAUGGACGCCCAGCUUAACCGCAACAGCAGCUACCUGCCCUUCGUCCUGUCUGAAAUCGGCACCGGGGACAACGCCUCCUUCCUGAACCCCAUCAGGACAAACGAGACGAACCCCACCAUCGUCAUGUUCACCACCAUCGCCGGGCUGACGGGCGUGGUCAUCACGCUGGCCCUCAUCCUCAUCAUCACCUCAUCCAUGGAGGUCAUCCGCAGGUCCUACUUCGAGGUGUUCUGGUACAUCCACCAUCUCUUCAUCAUCUUCUUCAUCGGGCUCGUGUUCCACGGCUACGGGCGGAUUGUGCGAGGACAGACGAAUCACAGUCUGGAGACAAACGAUCCUCACGUUUGUGCCGACCAGUUUGAAGACUGGGGAAAAAACGGCUCCAACUGUGCUGUGCCGGAGUUCGCUGGAAACCCACCGGGGACAUGGAAGUGGGUGCUGGGCCCCAUGAUCCUCUACGUGUGCGAGAGGCUCAUCCGCAUCUAUCGAUCCCACCAGAAGGUGGUCAUCACCAAGGUGGUGAUGCACCCCUCCAAAACUCUGGAGCUGCAGAUGAAGAGGAAAGGCUUCCACAUGGAGGUGGGUCAGUACGUCUUCAUCCAGUGUCCGUCCAUUUCCAGGCUGGAGUGGCACCCCUUCACGCUGACCUCCGCCCCCGAGGAGGACUUCUUCACCGCCCACAUCCGCAUCGUUGGGGACUGGACCCAGGCGCUGUACGAGGCCUGCGGAGGAGACAAAGCUGAGCCUCAGGAGGCCUGGAAACUGCCCAAGCUGGCCAUCGACGGCCCGUUUGGGACAGCCAGCGAGGACGUGUUUCGUUACGAGGUGGUGAUGCUGGUGGGCGCCGGAAUCGGUGUGACUCCUUUUGCCUCCAUCCUCAAGUCAGUGUGGUACAAACGCAUCCAGAACAACCAGGAGGUCUUCACCAAGAAGAUCUACUUCUACUGGCUGUGCCCGGAGACGCAGGCCUUUGAGUGGUUUGCAGACCUGCUGCAGUCUCUGGAGGGUCAGAUGACGGAGAAGAACAUGUCCGACUUCCUCAGCUACAACAUCUACCUCACCCGCUGGAAGGAGAACGAGGCAGCUCACUUCCGUGUCCACCACGAGGCGGAGAAUGACCCCAUCACAGGACUCAAACAGAAGACACUUUAUGGGAAACCCAACUGGGACAACGAGUUCACUAACAUUGCGUCAAAGCACCCGGGAACUAAAGUGGGGGUUUUCCUGUGCGGUCCGCCUCAGCUGGGCGAGUCUCUGCAGAAACAGUGUCUGUCCCACUCAGAGGCCGACGUCAAGUUCAUCUUCAACAAAGAGAACUUCUGAACAGUAGAAACACGAGGGAAGAAACGUCCCGAGGAGCAGCGAGGCCAAGAGACGAGCAUCGGUUUCCCAGAACCGUCGGUCACGUGGACAUUUCACACCACAGAAGUGUUUUUGAAUGUAGUGGAAACAGUAACCGCUGGCAGCUCAUCGCUGACCUUCUUCUCCUCUUUGCUUUUCACCACAGACUCUUUUUGCAAUGAUGCCCUUGUUGCUCAAAAAAGCGAGGAAAUAACCCUGCUGUGUUUUCCACAUUAGCUUGUUCUGCUUUUCUGUCACAUCUCUAAGUGAUUUCAAAAGUUUACUUCCUAUUAUUUUUAAUUUCAUUUUGUUUUCUACUUUUUUAAUGUGGUUACAAUAUCUGAAAAGCAUAUCAAAUUUUUAGGAAGCCAAAAAAUGGGGAAAUAAACUGCCAAAGAGCCCUCGGGAGAGGCGUUAAAGGCCUUAGUGUGCUGCAGUGCUGCAGUGCUGCAGUGCAGCUGUGGUCGGCGUUUGUGCGUCCACAGAAGGCCUCUGCACUCAGACAUCCUGUCAAGGGAUCCUGGAUGAGGCUUUCAGGUGCAUUUCCUGACUUUUCUCAGUUCAACUUUAUUGUUCUUGUUCUUAGCUGCUCUGUCUGUUCUCCAUUAAGCAGACUGGGAGCAACUGAAAAAAUAAAUUCUUUGUAUUUGUACGCACGGAAAUAAUGAGAUAUGUUGUUUGUUUGUUGAUAAUGUUUGUUUGUCAUUGGGUUUGGUUGGAAAAAAUGAGGGAAACAGCACAUUUAUUACACACUCAUUUUAUUAACUGAUUAUGAUGAUUUGAAUUCAGAUCAUCAUAAUCAAUUGGUUAGUUGUUCUAGUUUGCAGGCCUGAGUGUCAUCAUUUCCUGAAAAUGUAAUAAAAUGUGAUAAUGUGACCAAUAA